UUUGUCAGUUAGUAUCCUCGUUGCCGUCGUCGUCAUCAAGCUUUGUUAAAAUUGGAAAGCGCGUGCAACAAACGUAAAAGAAAUUCGCAACAAAUCCUCAAGAAAAAUGAUGAAAAAAACUUAAAAUAUAAUCUAUCCUCUUAAUAAAAUGUGAUGUAAAAGAUAUAAGGAUACGUGGAGGAAUUAAAAUAUCCGGGAUUUCAAAUUUCAAAAUAGUGAAUGUGAAAUGAAAAAGAAAUAAAGAUAAUCCAAAUAACACGAAGCAUUUAAAAUUACUAAUUUAAAAUAUGUGUGUUACGAAUUAAUCUCCGUGUUUUGGAACUCCUCCAAAGUGUGAUUGUGGAAAUUUAAAAAGUUGAAAAAAAAAAAGAAAACAACGCCCAACACAAGCCAAAAUAUGUCGGUUCAUAAUAUACCAGGUUUAUGUCCAGACUACUUGAAAAAUUCUUCCAAUAUGAAACCAACAUCACCACUGCUUCCCGAAUAACCAAUUUCAACUGCAAUUUGAACUUCCGCAAAGUAAUAAAACCAAAAUUAUAAUGUCAUUUUUAUAUGCGGAAACCCAAAACAAAUAAGUAUGACAAACCAUAAACCGAGCAAAUACAUCUUCCUAUUGUCCUGAAACUGUGCCAAAACACAACAAAAACAAACAAAGAAAAAAAGAAAACGCAAACCGCCAAAUUGAAAUAAUCCCAAAUUGUGCCAUCAACAAAAUAAAAUAAAAUUAGAAAAAAGAGUGGAUUACAAUGCUGAUGAUGAUUACGUGUUGUGAUAAAACCUAAGAGCAUGUGGAGUAGUAUAGUUCAAGACCCAAUUGAAAUGAGUGUAAAAUCUAUAUAGAUAAAAAUAUUGUAAUAUCCAUAAAACAAAGUCAGCGUUGCCAAUAACAAUUCAAAGAGAAAAAAAUCCAAGAAGUUAUGCAACAAUCAACUCGCCAUAACUGUUGUCGUCAAACCGCCACAUUGUGUUUGAAAGAGCAGAUCCUGAAAACACAAUCUACCGCCAACGCUGGUCCAGCCGUCGCAUUGAGAGCUGUUGGAAAAAUUGAAGAGUUCUUUUUGAUCCCAUACCGAGAGCAUAUUGAAAAUCUUCUUCUCAAUGAAGAAUGAAGAAACAAAAUGUUCGCACGAUAUCUUUGAUCGUGUGCACAUUUACCUAUUUACUAGUUGGAGCUGCUGUAUUUGAUGCUCUCGAAUCGGAAACGGAAACUCUACGUUGUGAAGCACUUCAAGCUGUCGAAAAUAUGAUUAUCGAAAAAUACAAUAUAUCUGAGGAGGAUUUUAAGGUAAUGGAAACGGUUGUAUUAAAAUCUGAACCACACAAAGCCGGAAAACAGUGGAAGUUUACAGGUGCAUUCUACUAUGCGACCACAGUAUUGACCACAAUUGGUUACGGUCAUUCGACCCCAAGCACAAUUGGUGGCAAAUUAUUUACCAUGUGUUAUGCAAUUGUAGGCAUACCACUGGGUCUGGUUAUGUUUCAAAGUAUUGGAGAAAGAGUUAAUAGACUGAGCAGUUUUGUUAUACAAGCUGUGAGAAAAUCAUUGCAUUGCAAACGAACUGCCGCCUCUGAAGUAGAUUUAAUAUGCGUUGUUACAACGCUUAGCUCCCUAACGAUAGCUGGUGGUGCAGCGGCAUUUUCCAAAUUUGAAGGCUGGAGCUAUUUUGAUUCAGUAUAUUACUGUUUUAUUACUUUAACUACAAUAGGUUUUGGAGAUAUGGUAGCUUUACAAAAAGAUAAUGCUCUUAACACUAAACCCGAAUACGUUAUGUUUGCUUUAAUAUUCAUAUUGUUUGGUUUGGCCAUUGUGGCUGCUUCUUUAAAUCUUUUAGUCCUUAGAUUUGUUACCAUGAAUACGGAGGACGAACGCCGGGACGAGGCCCAAGCCAUGCAGUUUAUGACCAAGUCCAAUUUUUGGACAAGCGAGGCUCUCCAGGGUUCAGUUAAACUGGAAGGCGACGUAAUCACUGCAAAUGGUUCCAUACUGAGCGGUUAUGAAGGUCAUGACGGUCAAUCGUUCAGUGGUUCCAAUAUAUCAUCAAUGUGUUCAUGUCGGUGUGCAUGUUUUAGUGCAAAGCGGCAUAAAAGUCGACAGUCUUCUUUAAAUUCCUUUCAAGACAAUACGCAUCAAAUGAAAGGUCGACGCUCUCCAUCAUCCCAUAUGCGACACCUGCUACCCGAAGUUGUUCCAAUGCAAGAUUUAGGCUAUGAUUCACAUAGUCUUAAUCAUCCUUUAGACGGCGUUGAUGUCGUCGAUACGAGUUCGUGUUCUCAGCCGCAAUUACUUAAAAGAAAUGUAUCUUUAUUAUCGUUUCAAUAUAAUAUUUAAUUUGCAUUUUUAUAUACGAAUCUAAUUAGCUCUAAGUUUUGCUAGUUUUUAUUGAAUGUAGCGUUUUAUUUAACAUAGUUUUCAUUAAUUUAGUAUUCUUUAUUAAUUUUCAAUAAUUAAUUAUGCCCCAACCCCCAAAAGGUUUAUUCCUAGCUAUUUAUUAAACAAAAGAAAAAGAAAUCCAAAAUGAAACUGUAUACAAGGGAACAAAACAAAAAAUAAAAUGAAAACAUUCGAUUACUAUUCUAAAACAUUU